AUGGGUGAGAGGGGAGAAGCGGAGCGGCGGAGGGCAGCGGCCGAGGAGAGAAGUGUUGAAUUAGAGGAGAGGAAGGCGGCAGCCCAAGAGUACAAGAUGGUGAAAGAGAAGGCACUCAAGUUUAUGUUCAUGGACACGUAUACUCUUGAUCCCAAUGCAAAGGCGUAUGUCGAGCUUUGUCGUGAUGAAAUGAUCAUGAGGAAGAAAAUGCUCAUGAGAAACAUGAUGGGAGGAGGAAUGAGAGGAGGAAUGGAAUGUGCCAUGGGAGGAAUGGGAGGUGGAAUGGGUGGCUACAUGAAUAUGAUGGGAGGCGCCAUGAAUGCAUUUGGUGGCAACAUGGGAGGUGGCUUUGGUAGCAACAUGAGUGGCAUGUGGCUUCCGUGGCAACAUGAGCGGAAUGGAGGCGGCUUCAGUGGCAACAUGAGUGGCAUGGGAACUGGCUUUGGGAACAAGAUGAGCAUGGGAGGUGGCAAUGAAGGUGUCUUCGGUGGACUUUGCGGCAACGAGACUUCAACUCAUGAAAACGUCGAUAAAGAAGCCAUUGAUGAUGAUGAUCAUACCACCAUCCACAAUGAUGCUAGUGACAACAGAGAGGAUGAAAAUUGA